AUGAAAAAACUCUACUUUUUGUCUCUUUUUUCGAGCUCGUUAGCAACGAGAGGAACAUUCAAUGAUCAGGAAACUACUCCAGGAUCGUAUUGCCUCAAAUGCGAGUACAUAAAUAUCGCGGAUACAGAAGCACUUGCAGUUAGUGCGCUAGGAACAUCAACGAAUCCGUGCAUUGCUGGACAGAAUACGGUCAGCAUCGUAGUCACUAAUGGUGUCUCGGCAGAACCUGGCUAUGCUGUCGAAGCAAUAGCAAAUAAUAACUGUGUUGCAGAAUUUUUCAUAUUCAAGGAUAAACAACAAGACAAGUUUAUUUAUGGCGUCAAACGAACAACGUCAACAACAGCAAAGACCGAAUCAAGAGUCGACUUCCCACUGUACAAAAACGUAAAAGCUUACACUGUGAGUAGUCAAACUGAAAAUCCUGUCUUCGUCGCCUGGACAAGUGGGAACAAGUACAUGGAUGGUCGGGCCGAUCCGUCAACAACGCCAACAUCCGCAGUCACAGUCCAAGAGGUUGAACAUCUUGGAUGUAUCCUCUGUCACGAAGUCCAGAAGUUCGAAGGUUCAGAUGAGCCCGAAAAAAACGAUGCGAUAACGAUGCCAUGCUGGAACCCAAGUCUCAACGGCGCAGCAUUCGAUACAACAGACUUCGGCAAUACACCUGGCUACUGUAAUCCGGUUGGCACAGGAAUCUGCAAGACAGAAACCUACGGCUGGAAAACAGUUGAAGAUGGAGAAACGACGGUUUCAAAUGUUUUUGUGGGAAUUCGCCGGGGAUGCGCAUCAUUAACAGAUAUUGCAACUGAUUCCCUUCAAAAUUUGUCUCCCGUUCCAGAGAGAAAGGAAGUCACUCAGGGACUUCUACGACUCUACGCUGCAUCGGAUGACGCUUCGAAAGCAAUCGAAUUGACGAAAGCACCCGUGCAAAAUACUGCUGCUGAUGCUGUUCGUUUCUCGUCUUCUUCUCGAGCUACUACUGUAGAAACCACACAGACUUAUGAGAUGAGACCGAUAACAAACGCACAUGUCUCCUCAAGCGACGAUUCUCUGACCGACCCUGAUGUUCUCUACCAAGCAGCUUCAAUAACAGAAAUCGAGUGCAUCAAGUGCGAAACAUCAGCAAUCACAAAUACUGAUAUCAAAGACGCAUGCUAUGCCGCCACUGUCACAACGAAAACAAGAUGCGAUUCUCUUAGCUGCUUUUCUGCAUCAGUGGCGUACAAAAGCGAAACGAAUCCAGAUACAGUCUACUAUUAUGCCAAAAGAGGGUGCACUGUCAAUCCUGAACUUGCAAUCCCAGCUAGUGGACCAGUAACAGAUGUGAAAGUUCAGCCUGGUUUUGCUGAUAUCCGACAAAAGUUCGAAAAAACAACCACUGACAACGGGAAUACUGGGAAACCGUCAACAGCUCAAGAAGUUAAAGCCUUCACAUGCUAUGAAUGCUCCUUGUCGACAACUAAAGAAGCUGCAUCUGAACCAACAGAGGAUGAGCUUCUUGCAAAUGAGGACACCCAAACUUGCUGGAACCCUGAAUCAGAUACAACUCCAAAAUCUGUCACUUGCCUCGGGCAGUGCUAUACAAAAGCAUUCAGUUACAAGCAGAGUAUCGGGACAAAAGAGUCACCAAACUUUUCGUUUCACAUGGUGCUUGAGCGAGGAUGCGAUGCAGAUAACACGAUGAAGGAGGGCAAUGAGAUUUCAGGGGUGUUGAAUGGAGUCAAAAAAUACAUAACGACUUGUGACGCAAAUGAUGUCUGCAAAAGCGCCGCAGGAAACUCAAAAAAGAGCGAUUCUUGCUUUGCGGAGAGAAAAUCUUCUGAUGCAAAAGACUGCCCAGAUGCGACUUAUACUCACUGCUUGAGUAUCUUCAGUGUUUACAAAAUUGGAAUCGCGGAGGUUUACAACAUGGAAAGAAAAUGCCACAAGGGAGCGCUUGGAGAUAAAUUCAACCCCGUUGCGACUGUUCAAAAUGUCAAUUCGACGUCGGAGUAUUGUUCUUCUGCGAGUUGCAAUGGAAAGAGCGGACUGGUCCCAGCUAAACUUCCAUCGGCUCAACAACAAGCCUUUUACUUGCUGGCACCGAAGCCUGGAAUCUUGGCGGAUGCUCGCCUGAUGAGCUUUUUUGGUACGAUACCGGACUCGCAACUCGUCUGUCGAAACAGCUGUCAAUUCGACUGGAUUGGCAGGGGAUCAAAAGCCCACUACGCUGAAUUCGGAAAGUACGAAAACGGUUUUCUUGCCUCUUUGAGCGCCAUCAAAUGGAAUCUCGACUAUUUGAGCAAAGACAAAGGCUACAUCGGUAUGCUUAGAUUCGAUCGGAACUACUGUAAACGGCCGAUUCUAAAAGCGAUUGGCGAGGGACGCGUUAAAGUCGAAGUCUUCGACCGAACCGAUGAAAACUACAUGACAGAAGCGCAAUACUGGGAGCUCCCUGAAAACGGGGACAAAAAAGUUGAGGCCGCUUUUGUCCAGUUCCGACGGACCGGGUACCAACAAGGGGAGUUUCUCAAAAAGGGCAAGGAUCGCUUUUUCGUCCAAAUGACCGGUGUCCAGAAGGAUUUUGGCCCGCUUGAUCCACCAAAUGAUCUCGUCACGCAUGACGACUUCUACCAGUGCUUCAAGAGCGUCGGAUUGAUGACGAUGGCUGACGACCAACAAGGGCUUCUUCAAUCUGACUAUACGAGAUGCGCCGCUUUCCAGCGAUACGGCCAAACGCCAAACUGGCCCGAUGGUCCAGGCGCGUUCGAAAUUGGUCCAGAAACUCUUGGUUCGAUCGGUGGUUGCCCCACUCCAGGUGUUCCUUUCUCCUCAGCUCGAUCACUCGCGAACUUCGAGCAGUGGAAUGAAAGUCAGGGCCUUUCUGCUCGAAUCGUAGGAGGUCAAGGAGUCAAAGAAGGCGAAUGGCCCUUCAUCGUUGGACUUCACGGCGACGGAAAUAUCAAGCAUAAUUGUGGAGGAACUAUUCUUACAAAGAACGCUCAUGGACCAGAUUUCAUCGUCACCGCCGCUCACUGUUUCAAUGAAGAGACAAAAGUUAACGUCACGGUUGGCGACUGGAAUCAAGGAAAUCACAAGUCGCCCAACGAAUUUAUGGUCGAAGGUGAUGUCAUUAUCCACCCCUUCUUUGAUAAUACCCUUUAUAUCAAUAAUAUUGCCAUGAUUCGAGUUCCAAAUCUUUCGAAAAUCAAUGCAGCCGCUUUCGAGCCCGCUUGUCUUCCUACUUCGAGACCUGCUCACGGAAGUAAGUGCUAUGUCGCCGGCUGGGGAACGACUGAAUACCUGGGAGAACAAAGCGACAUUCUCAAGGACGUUGGUAUCUGGACAUUCUCAGACGAGUACUGCCUUACGACAAGUCUGUUCUCCGGACUCCUCGGGCAAUACGGACUUGACGCGCCUCCACCGAUGUGGAUGUGCGCUGGCACCCCUGACCUCAACCAAGAUGGCCUGACCGAUGGUGGGCGAGAUUUUUGCACGGGUGAUUGCGGUGGUCCGCUAAUUUGCAUUGAGAACGAUGCUCCUGUCUUGGCCGCGGUGACGAAUUUCGGAAACGGCUGUGCUUCAGAAGGAUGGCCUGGUAUCUUCACAGACGUCGCCUACAAUUUGGAGUGGAUCCAAUCAAACAUUCAAGUUUCUGGAGAAUGGGAGGAAGGACCGGAUACACUGGGAUCAGUCGCGACCUGUGCUACCCCUGGAGUGGUUCUCCCGGGGUCAAGAAGUAUCAAGCAGGGAAGAGCCUGGACGGAUUUCGAGAAAAACAGCCGAAUCUCCGGUGGGCAACCGAUCAAACAAGGAGAAUGGCCUUUCCUCGUUGGACUGAAAGGCGAUGGCACUAAUCCUCAUACUUGUGCAGGAACCAUCCUCACCAAGAACGCAGAAGGGGAUGACUUCAUCCUCACCACCGCAUUUUGCUUUUUGACAGAAUGGUUUUUCGGAAUAACCGAAGUUUCUGUCACAAUCGGUGACUGGAACCAAUUUGAGCCUGAUGAAAACCAAUUCACCGUAGGAGGAACUUUCACUAUACAUCCUCAGUACGACUUUACCAAGGCCUUCAAUGAUUUAGCCAUCAUUCGAGUUCCCAAUCUUUCAGCAAUCAAUUCCGCCGCCUUCGCACCAGCGUGUCUCCAAGCUCAGCGGCCAGCACACGGUAGCAAAUGCUACGCCGCCGGCUGGGGAACUCCUGCAUCAGGCGCUGGUGCUCAACCUGCUAUUGCUCAUGAUGUCGCGCUGUACGCAUUUUCGAAUGAAUACUGUCUUGGUCAUUCAAAUUUGGGCGCUUGGAUGGCGAGCGAAGGACUGAAUGAGCCGCACCCAACUUACAUGUGCUCAGGCACUCCAGAUUUGGACAGUAACGGGCUGGUCGACGGAGGCAAGGAUUUUUGUGAUAGAGACCUUGGCGGACCUUUCAUUUGUCUCAACGACGAUGAAGUUCCUGUUCUUGUUGGAGUCCAAUCUUUCGGAAUAGGAUGCGCAGUAGAGGGAUACCCUGGAGUCAUGAGCUCCCUUGCGGAAAACAUUGAUUGGAUUCAAGAACAAAUCAACAACUGA